AUGACCAAUCACAAAAUCUGCACAAACACAUUUAUUCAUGAUUUAUUGUUGCUAUUACUGUUAUUGAGAAAAUUGUACUAUGCAGGGCUAAAGAAAGGCAAACUUACAAAAUACCCCUGCAUGAAGUCAUUUAUUUUAAAUUCUUUAAGCUGUAUCUUUAGUCCUAAAGUACUCACAACGCGUGAAAUUAUUAUCCACCGUUUCAAUACUCUUAGAAAUUACUCUACGUUUUUCAAAGAGUGGGCUAAGGACUAUCAACCUUCGUGCUCUGUAUUUCGUUCUGCCAAAUUUAUCACAAAUCGGUAUAGCAAUAAGGCAAAGAGUUUUCUUCUGUAUCGUAGGCCACACAUUUCAUCAUCUUGUAUUGAUUAUCGAUUAGCUUUGAAGGCUUUAAGCUGUUUUCGUGUUAAGUCUAGUUUCCGUAGAAAGUCAUCUUUUUUGAAUUCUAACACUCAUCUACCGACUCUGAGAAAAACCGCACGCCUGUCUAGUGAACACUCCAAUCCAAGCGCUUCAGCUCAACCUUCCUCAUCAGAUUUAAAGAUAACUGACCAAGUAUUGGAUUUUAAGGAAUUCAAAGUGAAUAACAACCGGGCAGCAAAGCAAAGAAGUACUAAGAGUAAGAACGUUAUCGACGUGAAAUUCGCCUCAAAAAAUAGUAAAACUGAAAGUGAUCAAAUACCUACUAAAAGCAGCAAGCGGAUGGCUCUAAAAGUUGCGCAGCUGCCCAAGGAGCCCAAUAUAAUUAUGGUAUUGCACACACCAAACAGCCGCAUUCUAACUUUGAAUAUAUGCCUGCGUAAAGCAGAUGAAGUGGGUGGGUUGUUGACGAAAAGUAUGGCUCGAGAUCAAAACGAGGCGGCCAGCAAAGUGUUGGACCGCAUUCGCAUGCUUUACACCUCUGACAAAACUAAAGUGUCCAAAGGCCGACCGCACCAGCGAGAAGACAUCCUGAAUGAUUGCCCCCAAAUCACCGUGAUGGGUAUUGGAUUGCCGGAUAAGCUCCCCAAAUCGUCUUCAUUGUUAACCGCAGGUCAGGAGGCUAUAUCUGAUCUUAACAAUGAUGUAUCUCAUUGUACUUUGGUAGAAUUGGAUACUGCAAUGCCAAACCAUCUCUUCUGGAAACAUGCCCGUCUUAUUAAGCUAGGUGGGGAGGAUCUGACAGUUAAGUACAACGUGCCUACAAUCACAUCUUUAGAGGUGCCUAGAAAAUGUUGGGUAGGGUUGCCCAUGAUGUGCACUAAUAUUGAGGCUAUGUUUGUACAAAAUAAUGAAUUGAAUUAUGAAUGGUGUAUAUGCCAGUCAGAUGCACAAAAUCAUCAAGAUAAUGAUUUGAAGGAGGGUUCCGAAAAAGCUGUGGACCAUGUUCAUGUGCUGUCCACUGAUCCAGUUUUUAUCCCUACAGAAGAUCUUCUCGGCAAAACCAUCCUCUUACGAGUGAGCCCCAACAAAAGUGGUCUUUGGACUCAAGUAGAGAUUUCGCCAGUUCAAGAGCCUCCCCCUUCGAUGGCGAGAUGGGAGCAGACAACUCAGUAUGUAUCAUCUCCGUCUUUUCGUGUCGUGACCUAUAAUAUCCUACAUGACGACUAUUGCACGUCGAAGUACUCCAAAACACACAUCUAUCCUUUUGCGACGGACGAAAUGCUGGACAUCGAAAAUCGAAAGAUGCGUAUCUUGCAGGAAUUGUUGAUGUACCACUCAGAUUUGAUCUGUUUACAGGAAUGUGGUCAGAAGCUCUUCAAGGGGUUUUUAGAGCCCGCGUUAAGGGCCUGUGGCUAUGGCGCAUAUUAUAGGAAUAAGACCGGUAAUUCGCAGGAAGGGUGUGCUCUAUUCUAUCGAGAAGUGCGUUUCGAGUUUUUGGAGGCGCAGACCUUUCCGUUAAACUGGGAGGGCCUAACCCAAGACCAUCCCCGCUUAGCGGCCCAGCUGGGCGCCCAUCCUGAGUUUCAGGAGGCCUGCGAAAAAAUCACCUCCAUCGGAGUCGGGGUCCUACUAAAGGAGGUUCCCACAGGGCAGGAGGUGGUCCUGGGCAGCACCCACCUUUUCUACCACCCCAACGCCUGUCACAUUCGCGUCCUGCAGGCCUACCUGCUGCUCCACCGGCUCCACCGGAUGGCGACGGCGGUGGGCCCAGACCCCCUCCCCCUUCGGCCUGUGGUGCUCUGCGGGGACUUCAACUUCACCCAUGACACAGGGGGCUACGACCUCGUGACCGCCGCCCGCGUCGCGGCAACCCACGUCUCAUGGGAGAAGGGCCGACUGUUCUGGUGGGGAUGCGACCGGCUGCUGAGCUGGACGGAGGAGGAGCGCCUCGCGGUCAGCCCCAACACACAGACCGCCGCCCUCACGGGGGACCUGACGGAUCGACCAAACCGCCUCGCGAAGGCGGCACUCGGGGAGGAUAAGUCAAACGAAAAAGGAGAAAUACGUAAGGUUUCAGCGGACGUGAGACAACCGCUCGAGGUUUUUUUUAAAGAUGACCUGCAUUCCCCAUUCGCGCUGGUGGACGCCUAUGCCCAAACAGACCCUUCGAUGCCAUGGACUAAUUACACUCUCACUUUUCGCGAAGUCAUUGACUACAUCUUCUUCUCUUCGGACAGCAUCGAUGUGAUACAAACAGUAUCUAUUCCACCGGAGUCUGAUUUAUCUGAAAAUCAUGCAAUACCGAAUGCUAAAUAUCCUUCUGAUCAUUUGGCACUUAUUGCCGAUUUAAUUUUGAAGCAGUAA